CCGGCCCACGUCUUCCAAGCUCGCCUCCCACCUCUUUGCGAGAGCGAAGGAAAGAAAGCGACCCUCGCCGAAACCCGGGCGGUACAAAGAUUUAGACUUGGAUAGAUACGAUUUUGAUUGCCGCGGAAUGAACAGUACAAUAAAGAAUAUAAUGCUGCCAUGGAGUCGGCGUUGAUUGCUUUGUAUAAUCUCCGCCACCGCUUACUCCCUUCCCGUUUCCGCGUUCCCCCUCACCUUCUUGGAAACUUUUGUUUUUCCUCCGUAGUUUAAUUCUUGUACACAAUUUUUUCACCCAAAAUUUAUGUGCUUUAAUUCGAUUCUGAUACGAAAAUCCCGAGAAGAAAUCGAAGAUGGAGAGGUGGAGAAGAUUUGGAAGGAUGUCGUUGAUGCUGCUGGUGUGGUUGGUGUGGUCAAAAUUCGAUCUUUGCGCUUCUCUUAAUGAUGAAGGGAGAGCACUGUUGAGGUUUAGAGAGAGGGUGGAGUUGGAUCCGUAUGAAGCUCUGGCUAACUGGAGUGAAGAAGGCGGAGAUGAUCCAUGCUUUUGGUUUGGGAUUCAGUGUUCCGGUGGAAGAGUCGUGGCUCUGAAAUUGGAAGAUCUUUGUCUCAAAGGAACACUUGCACCUCAACUUGGAAAGCUCAUUCACAUGAAAUUUCUUAUUCUACGCAAUAAUUCAUUUUCUGGAAUCAUACCUAGAGAGUUAGCAGAAUUGGAAAAUCUGGAGGUAUUGGACUUGGGACACAAUAAUCUUAGUGGACCAAUUCCAUUUGAUCUUAGCAGUACUUUGUCCAUGAAAAUCCUUAUACUCAGAAGCAACAGUUUUGUAGGUAGCACACCAAUGAAAUUCCUUGAGCACAAUAUUCUCCCUGAUCAUCAAAUGGAUGAAAAUCUGUUAUCCUCAAACAGGGGAUCUGUUACAAGGAAUGCUCAGAGUGCUACCAUACGGAAGCUUUUGCAGAGAGGCAGCAUAGACACAGACAAACAACAUAAAAAUGGAAAACAUCAGCCAAAAGUUUUCAGUUCACCAGCACCAGCACCAGCACAUGGGGGUGGUCAACAUAAAAAUGGAAAGAGUCAGGCAAAAGAUCUUGCAUCAGCACCAUCUCCUAUGUCUCCAGAGGAACAGCUUGCCCCAUCUGUGUCACCUUUCUUCCCCCCAUCCCACCCACCAGGUGUUGCACCAUCACCAUUCAGUCAAAUUCCAACACCCGCACCCUCGCCUUCUCCAACAAUCGAACCACCAUCCCCAAUACCAGAGCACCAUCCCAACAUUGAUGCUGCACAACAUCCUGGUUCUGUUCCAAAUCCCUCUCCCUCUGUAAGUCCUUCACCAUCAGCUGCAGUAUAUACUCCAGCAAAGCAUGCAACUUCCUGGGCCAUCUAUAUGUCAAUAGUAGGAGCAGUUUCCUUUCUCCUUGCAAUGUCUGCAGUAUACUUUCUUUGCUGCCGAGACAACAAGGUUGUCACUGUCAAACCUUGGGCAACAGGCUUAAGUGGGCAAUUGCAGAAAGCAUUUGUGACAGGUGUACCUGUACUGAAACGAGCAGAACUGGAAACAGCUUGUGAAGACUUCAGUAAUAUUGUUGGCUCUAUAUCAGAUUGCAUGUUAUACAAGGGAACCUUGUCGAGUGGAGUUGAAAUAGCAGUUGUAUCUAGUGCAAUUACUUGUGCAAAGGAUUGGUCAAAACAAUCAGAGUCCCAGUUCAGGAAGAAGAUCAUGAUGUUGUCAAAAGUAAAUGACAAGAAUUUUGUCAACUUGCUUGGCUAUUGUGAGGAAGGAGAGCCUUUCACCAGGAUGAUGGUGUUUGAGUAUGCUCCAAAUGGGACACUUUUCGAGCAUCUGCACAUUAGAGAAGCAGAGAACUUGGACUGGGCUAUGCGGCUAAGGAUAGCCAUGGGAAUAGCAUAUUGUCUAGAGCACAUGCAUCAGCUUGACCCCCCUUUCAUUCUCAGAAAUCUGGACUCCACUACCAUCUAUCUUACUGAUGAUUAUGCUGCCAAGAUCUCAGAUCUUGGAUUUUGGAGUGAAGCAAAGGGAACUGAGUCACUGCCUGGAAACUCAGGUCCCUUGGCACCAAUAUCAGAUGCAAAGAGCAUUGUGUACAGAUUUGGUAUAAUACUGUUGGAGAUAUUAUCCGGCAGGGUUCCAUUUUCUGAGGAUGGCCUGCUUGAGCACUGGGCUUCAUUUUUAAAUGGGGAGAAGCCUCUUAAAGAUAUGAUGGAUCCAAGUCUUGUAUCCUUUCAUGAAGAAAGUGUCAGUGCACUCUGCGAGGUGAUACGGUCCUGCACUAAUGUGGAUCCAAGUGAGCGACCGACAAUGGCGGAUGUGGCUAGCCAAUUAAGAGAGAUCACAGGGAUCCUGCCAGACCGAGCGACUCCAAAAGUGUCUCCAUUGUGGUGGGCUGAGCUCGAGAUUAUUACUUCAGAAGCUACCUGAAGAUGAAACAGUUAACCUCAUUUGUAAGUUGAAAUUCUUUUGUUUGAUUGAUUCUUUUUCCUUUUUUUUCAUUGGUUGGGGUUGGAGGGGUGGUGGGGUUGAGAACUCUGUGUUAGCUGUCUGUAUGUAUAAGCACGGAGAUAAAUGUACUGGCUAGGAAUAGGGAGAGCUGGCUAUGGUUUAUUUAUGGUGUGCUUACUGUUCAGAGAAGGGAUUUGUUCAUGUCUGUGGAGAAUGACAUCCAUGGGGCAUGGACAUGCUUGUGGAAUGAAUAAAGGAAAGAAAUUUAAGCUUU